GCCGGUCGAGCUCCUACCGAGCGGACGAUACAUUGAUAACGCGCUGUACUAAUUAUCUACCUACACAAACACGUGUAUUCGGAUUGCAGUGUAUAAAAAUUAAUAUUUGUUUAAUCCGCGUAAUAACGUUAGUGAAGUGUAUAAAAAGACCUUGAUGAUGGUGCAGUGUAAGGAGUGCAAAUUAUCGUUAGCUAAAAUCAAAAGCGAUAAUAUAUCCCGUUGUAAAGGCAUAUGUGAGGGUGCUUUUCACAAAAAAUGUGCCGCAAAAAUAAAAGGCUUUAACGAGACUGAGAUAUGUGCAGACUGCCAAACACCUGUAAAGCCUCAAUCGAGUACAAAUACUGAUUCUUCCAAAAUAACGAUGGAAAAAGUGUUGAGAGAGGUCAACGAAAAGCUGUCUGUCGUAUACAAAAUGGAAAAAACCCUCGAAGAUAUGUCUAACGACAUAAGUUUUUACUCCGCAAAAUAUCAAGAACUUAUCGAGGAUCGGGACAAAUCGAACAACAGAAUAAAGACACUGGAGCAUAGGAACAACCACCUGGAGACAUGCAAUCGGGCUCUGGAAGAGCGGGUAACAUGGUUAGAAACUAAAGAGAAAGAGAAGAAUGUGGAGAUAGUUGGCCUGGAGGACAAAGAUGGCGUCAUGCUGGAUAAUGCUAUACAGCAGUUAGCCCGCAAGUUUGGAGUAGAUGUCGGGCAAAUUCGCGAGAUACAGCGGGUAGGCGUAAAACCCGCCGCUGUUAAAUUAGCAACCGCCAACCAGCAAAGUGAGGGUCGCUCGAGCAAGCCGCGCCCGCGGCCCGUUGUUAUCACCAUGGCAUCGCGGGCGGCUCGCGACCAGUGGCUGGCCGCUAGAAAAACAAUAAAGCUCUGCAAUGAUGACGUAUUUGAGAAUGGCAACAAAGACUUUAUAUACAUAAAUGAGGAUUUAACUAAGUAUACACGUAACUUGUUGUGGACGGCAAAGAAUGAAUUGAAACCUACUUAUAAGUAUGUAUGGGUGCAGAACGGCAAGGUGCUGAUAAGGAAAGAUGACCCAGCUGACGCGAAGAUAAAAGUGGUCCGCUCCCUCAACGACAUAGAUUCAUUAUUAAAUGAUGAGAAGUGACGUACUUAUACUUAUAUCUGAAACGGUUCCUUUAAAUUGUAACAUUGAGUUAAAUAGGAUGUUAUCUAAUAUUCAAAUUCGACGACGAAUCUACACAUAUUACGUCUAAUAUAAGUUACAAAAAGUACGAGAACUUAGAAGUAUGGAACAAUGAAAUAAAACUAUAUAAACUAAGUUUACAUAUCAUUCACAUCAAUAUAAGAUCAUUAAGGAAAAACUUUAACGAGCUACAAUUAUUACUAAGCGGGUGUAUGGCGAAAAUAGAUGUAAUUGCGCUUACAGAGGUUAAUAUAAGAGAACAAGAAUUGCCGAUGUAUAAACUGGAGGACUAUGAUACAUAUAUAACGACAAGAGAGACAUCCAGGGGAGGAGGAAUACUGGUAUAUGUAAGAAAGAGUAUUAGCUUCUCGGCAUCUAUAAUUAAAUCUAACUACAGUGAGAUAAUAUACGGAGAACUUUCUCGGGAUAAAAAACAGCUGACCCACUUGUUCGUCGUAUAUAGACCGCCGAAAACAAACAAACAUGGAUUUGUGACAGAUAUACAUCAAGUGCUCUCAAAAAUACCUACUGGACAGGAGUUAAUAAUGAUCGGCGAUACAAAUAUAGAUCUCAUGAAUGAAGUCAGCUCAGGCAACGUCAUUAACCAGUACAGGGACAACAUGUGUGAGUUAGGAUUAGAAUGCGCCAUCAGUGACGUGACCCGCGAGGAGGUGUACGGCGGCCACGUGACCCGCACCUGCAUAGACCACGCGUGGGUGCGCACCCGGUGCGGCCGGCCUGUGUCCGCGUACGUCCUCACCACCAAGGUAUCUGACCAUUAUCCUAUCGGAGUGAGUAUCGAGGUCGUUGACCCUGCACAGACUAGUAAGCAAGCACCUGUGACUAUUUUAUGUGAAAAAACAGUAAAAAAUCUACUUGACAGUGUUAAUUGGAAAGAACUGACUUACUGCGAGUGUCCACUACAAUUGUAUGAUAAGUUAUGCUCAGCUUUUUCUAGUGUUUACAAUGACUCUAAAAAACAAAAAACGCCUGGUAGACGCAUAGAUAAAACAUGGAUGAAUAAAAGUAUUAAAAAAAUGUUAAUAGUAAGAGAUAAGUUAUUUAAAAGGUGGAAAAGUAGUCCUAACGAUAUGAACCUAAGACUGCUAUAUAAUAGAUAUAGGAAUAGGGUCAACAAAUGUAUAAAUAAAGCUAAAAAUAAGUAUAGGCAGGAAGAGUUAAAACAAUGUAAUAACAAUCCUAGGAAAAUAUGGGAAAAAAUUAAUCUGUGGACAGGGACGGAAAAAUUGAGCAUAGAUAGAAUAAUACAAAAAUAUUUAGCAAAAAAUGAUACCAUCUUGAAUAUCUGUAAUAAAUUCUCGGAAACUUUCACUAAGGAAAUAUUGAAUAUAAGGCAUAACUGUAAUGUCAAGUUCUUAGAUAGGUCAAAGUAUAUAAACAAUAGUCAAGUAUCAUUAAGGUUUGUUAAGGCGCAAUCUAACGAUAUAAAGAAAAUUAUUCAUAAUUUAAGUGAAAAAAAGUCGCCUGGAUUAGAUCAGAUCAGAGUUCGAGAUGUAAAAUAUUUAAGUGAAAAAAUUAGUCCGGUGUUGGCAAAAUUUAUUAAUCUGUGUGUAACAAAAGCUAUGUACCCAGAGCUAUUAAAAGCAGCAAUAAUAAGGCCUAUAUUUAAGCAAGGAUCAUAUACUGAUUAUACAAACUAUCGCCCUAUUGCCAUUUUAUCAGUCAUUAAUAAAAUAUUAGAAAAAUACUUGACAGCACAAAUUAGUAGUUUUUUAGAAAAAAAUAAUAUCAUCGCACAGUCGCAACAUGGGUUCCGUCGAGGGCGUAGCACGGCGACCGCGCUGGGUCGGUUUACUGACGAGGUCAACGAGGCUCUAGACCAGCGGAAGCAGGUGGUUGUGGUCUUUAUUGAUUUCAAAAAAGCUUUUGAUACUUUGGGCCACAGCCAGCUGCUUCAGGCAAUGGAAGAGUGUGGAAUCGCGGGUCCACUCCACGGGUGGCUUCGCGCAUACCUCGAGGGUCGAACCUUGCGCACGGCCGUGGGAGGCGAGUGCGGCGCGCCUGCGCAUGUCUCUUGCGGCGUGCCGACCGGCUCGGUAACCGGGCCAGUUGGGUACAUAGUUCAUGUUAACAGUAUGUGUAAUGUUGUCAAAAACUGUAGUGUUUACAUGUAUGCAGAUGACACCUGUCUAAUAUACGCGGAUAAGGACCUAGGCCUAAUAGAAAAUAGAGUACAGGAAGACUUAACUAAUAUUAUUAAAUGGUCACAUGAUAACGGUAUUAUUAUUAAUAUUGCGAAAACAAAAUGUAUGUGCAUACGGUCACCUUACUCUAGAGAUAGGUACAGGCCGCCGUGCAUUGUGGGGCACAGUUUCGACUGCCUCCACAGUGCGCGGCCGGCCGGGGUCGCAUGCGGCUGUGUCGAGCUUCAGGUUGUGGAACAAUACAAGUACUUGGGCUUGCUUGUAGACUAUAAGUUCUCGUGGCAGCCACAUGUUAAUGGCUUAUGCAAUAAAUU